AUGGAUUCUCAUAGUUCUUCUUGUUCUCACGAUUCCGAAAGCUUUAUUCCUUCAUCAAAUUUUGAACCACCCCCUCCAGUUGAUUGUAUUUUACAAAAGUCUCAUUCCAUUGAUGGCGUCGCAGAUAAAAAUGAACCUGAUACCAAUUUUCGUAGAUCACAAUAUGCCACACAACCAGAUGGUACUUUCCUGUUAGUUUAUAUUACUUUCAAUAUAGAGUUUGCGGACGUUCCCUUCCAUUCAGCUAAUCCACUGGAUAGUAAUUUUUCUCCCUUAAAUGGUGAUGUAUCUUCCCAUGAUACAUUUGGUUCUGCCAAGUGUUUUGUAAAUCCUCAUUCACCUUUUCAUGGCAACGCGAUCUAUGAGAGUCAAAAUUCUACAUUUCCGCCUGCCCACUUGGUCUCUUCCAGUAAAAUAUUAGAAAUUUCCGAGAAUAUUGACCCUAAAAGGUUAGAUCAGCUGCAGAAGCUCUUAUAUCCUGCUCUUAGUUCUCGUGCGUCAGUUCCGUCUACGAACCCUACUAAAGCGAAUCUUCUCGAGUUUCAAUCGCAAGUUAACACCGAAUUCAGUUCUCUUGAGUCAUUACGUUCAAUUCCACAUGUGACGGACACUACUUCUACUCGAACAACAGGAUCUAGCUCUGAUUUAUUCAAGACGGAUUCUUCUUCUGGAUUUAGAGAGCCAUUGGUUCCACCUCGUCGCAGGAAUGUCGCCUCGACUUCUACAAAUACUUCUAAUGAGGAAAAUGAUAAUUCGCCUUUACUUUCUUUCGUCCUCUCUCUUACCAUUCAACUAAUUCCUAAACAAAUUGCUCAAACUGAAGAGUUAGAAUUCAAAGCUUCCGAUUUCGCUAAAACAAUCACUUGGCAGUCUCGAGUUCGACGAAAGGAAGAGAGCGCAGCAGACUCCAUUUCAGAAGCUGCUAAGAUACUAGCUGACUCUUUCAGUGACUGGACUCGCGAAAGUUUACUAUCUAAUUCAAAUGAAUCGCAUCGUUGCUGCAGCUGUACUUCAGCCACUUUGGCUAGAAAUGAACGUAAUGCUAACUGUCCCCGAAUCUCAUCCUCGUCAUCUGAAUACUUUGUUCCUUGCACAGUCAUUCCUGAAAGCAGUGAUUUGGAAGCACUAUCCGACACUGCUCUUGCUCCCAUGGGUCAAUCGAUUGAAUUCAAAGUAAUCAACCCAGAGACUACUAAUCGUACAUCGACAUCGUCUUCGGAAUACUUUCUUCCUUUUAAAGCUUCUUCACUUAAGAGGAAGUUGAAUGAGAACGCUAAUGGGACACAAGGUAUGCACUUAUAUGUCCUCACUAAUUCUUCUGCAGAGAGUGUCUUGAAUGAAACUAACGCUGAAACUCGAUCCGUGGUCAUCUCUUCUAGCACAGUUGAUGGUCAAAAUCAUUCUUCAACAUCAUCUUCAGAGUACUUAAUUCCUGUAAAAAAAUCUGCAAUGAGAAUGGCCAAGUCUGCUAAUCGAGAAGCGGUCGAUGCUGUUGAAAUGGAAAGUCAGCCGAAACCUGAAAGUAGCGCUGAAUCUGUUAUCCGUUUACAACACCAAGGGGCUUCGGUCAAUUUUGAAAAGCGUUCUGAAGUUAACGACCCUUCAAUUGAUAGUAGUCAAGAGAUACGAGAGCCAGGAACAAACAGUCUACCUUCUCAAAAUGAAGUGCAAAUAUCGGUUCCAAAUACACCUAAACCUUCUCUUCGGAGUAUCCUUCGUAACCGAGGCGGGAAAUCCGCAAACUUGACUCCAGACGCUAAUCAACAGCAAAUGGGAGGAGAUUCUUUGAACGCUUAUAAAUUGCGCACACCUCGUCAAGUCUCUUCCUCACGUGGGUAA